AUGUUAACGGGCUCGUAUCUAAGAUACACGUGCUUUGGAGUCUCUUACGUCGAUGAAGACCUUGAAGGUCCUGUGAUGUCUACGUUGAGUUUGGGAAAAAAGGCGGCAGAAAGAAAAACACGAAAAAGAGCGAGCGAAGAAGCAAAGCAGGAAAUGUUUUCAUGUUUUUACAUACUUAGUAGAACAUCAGAAUUAUAUUCUGAAGAAGCAUUUGAAGUGGAUGGAAAAAAAGGACAAGAAACGGCAAUUGCUUAA